AUGCCACUUGAAUACCGCACUGCCGAGGUAAUUGUGGUUGGGACAGGAAUAGGUGGUCUGGCAGCCACGAAAACCUAUCUUGAACUGUCACCUCAAACAGAUAUUGUGCUUCUUGAAAAGCGACCGACCAUUGGGGGGGUCUGGGCCGAAGAAAACUGCUAUGAAGGACUCAAGACGAACAACCUCGGGGGAACGUAUGAAUUCACUGACUUCCCCAUGGGCGCCAAAUAUGGCAUCACCGAAGACGGUCAUAUCCCUGGCCAUGUGCUGCACCGUUAUCUGAAUGAUUUCGCGGACCACUUCGACAUCCGUCGCCGGAUACACUUCGGAAUCCAGGUUCUGGAGAUUGAAAAGCUCAGCCAAGGCUGGCGCUUAGUUACGGAUACCAGCGAUUCAAUUCUGACUGUGAUCUAUACAUGUCAAAAACUUAUUAUGGCCACUGGAUUGUCGUCGACCGCCAACCCAAUCAAUAUCCGCGGGGUUGAGGAGUUUGGAAGGCCGGUCAUCAACCAUGUCCAACUGCGCGAGGAGGGAGCGCGUAUUGCGCAGGACCGUAAUAUCAAAACCGUCACCGUUGUGGGUGCUUCAAAGACUGGAUACGAUGUUGUGCAACUAAUGGCAUCGAACGGCAAGAAGGUGGAUUGGGUCAUACGCGAGUCCGGAGGGGGUGCAGUUUGGAUGGCAUCACCAUGGGCUAAGUUCGCAGGGGCCAAGACAAAACUGGAGUUUCUAGUAACCAUGAGAUUUUUUACAUGGUUUAGUCCAUGCAUAUUCGGUGACUUUGAUGGAUUCAGCUGGAUCAGAAAGGCGCUGCAUCAAACUCGCUUGGGUAGAUACAUUGUGCACAAAUUUUGGGAGGGAAUGAGGACGGAUAUUAUUGACCUGAACGGUUAUCGCAGAGAAAAAUGCUUGGAACAUCUUGAACCUCUGGAAAGUCUCUUCUGGUCUGCUCGGGUCGGAGUUCUCAACUACCCAUCCGAUAUUCACGACUAUCUUCGCACUGGCCAGGUCAAGAUCACACGGAAGGAUAUCGACCACUUAUCAGGUCCGGGAAUCGUGAAUUUCGCAGACAGUACCAGCCUUCAAACGGACGCCCUAGUCGCCAUCACCGGUUGGAAGCUCGCCCCGUCGGUUAAGUAUAAACCCGAUGGCGUCGAUGCGAGUCUCGGCAUUCCAAGCAGCAACCUAAGCGCAGAGGAAGAAGAGUUCUGGGAUAUACUUGAUACCAAAGCAGAUGAGGAGAUCCUAAGCCGCUUUCCAUACCUCCGGAAUUCUCCACGUGGGAUCCCCUACAAACAAGACGUCAGUCCCUUCCGCCUAUACCGCGGCAUUGCGCCGCCGUCGCUUGCGUCGAAGGGUGAUAAUUCUAUCGCAUAUGUUAAGAUGGUCCACAGCACGAGCAACAUCAUCAUCGCAGAAUGCCAAGCGUUGUGGACAUUUGCUUAUUUAACUGGAAGACUUGAGAUUGAUAAAGAGGACGUUUAUCAUCAGACCGCACUCUUGAGUCGCUACGGAAAGCAUCGUUAUCCCUGUGGGUUCUCGUCGUGGUAUCCAGAAUUUGUCUACGAUGCGGUGCCAUAUGCAGAUAUGCUCCUAUCGGAUCUGGGGGUCAAUCAUAAGCGAAAGUCUACGCUACGAGCGGAGAUUUUUGAGGGUUAUACGAUUCAUGAUUAUCGGGGAAUAAAUCAGGAGUGGAAGGAGGCCCAGAUGAAGGGAGCAAAGGUAGCUUGA